AUGUUUUUUGUUGAUUGGUUUUAUAAUUUAUUUUUAUGGCUAGGUUUUUUUAAAAAAGAUGCCAAAAUUGUUAUAUUAGGGCUUGGUAAUGCUGGUAAAACAACUUUAUUACAUUUAUUAGUUCAUGGUGCUGUUAAAGCACAUAAUCCAACACAAAGACCACAUAACGAUAGUUUUACAUAUGGAAAUAUUAACUUUACUGCAUAUGAUUUAGGAGGUCAGAGUGCUUUAAGAAAUAUUUGGAAAAACUAUACACAAGAUCCAAAAACAAUUAUUCUUUUCAUGGUAGAUUCAACAGAUCCACAAUCAAUUAUUGAAUCAAAGUCAGAAAUUCAUGAUUUGCUUGAAGACGAAAAUUUAAAAAAUUCAGCAAUUUUGGUAUUAGGAUCAAAGAUUGAUGCUAAGGAAGCUAUAGGAAGAGAAAGUUUGAUAGACCAAUUGGAUAUUAGAAGAUUUGGCCUUGGUUUGAACAGACCUGAUAGACCAUUGGAUUGUUUGAUGUUUAGUUCGCUCAAAAGAGUAGGAAUAAAAGAAAUGGUUGAUUGGUUAAGCAAUUGUGUGGAUAUUGUUAAUGCCAAUAAUUAA